GUAUUCGACAUCAAACUCGUCAUCUGGACAGUCUUCGUCUGUAUCUGACUCUGCAUCCUCAGACUGGCUAUGCUCACCAAAAAUACUGAAUGCUUUCACAGAGUUUGAACCACUAUCUGUGGUAGUUCUAACCACUUUCCCCCGUAUUCUAUAGUGGCAGUGGACAUCAUCCAGGGCACCUGCAAGCACAUCAAAGUGACAGCAGCGGAUUGCAGCAUCAUGGCCAAGCGGAGUGGACAGCAAGACCUAAGCAAGUUCGGAUUUAAGAUCGCAAGAAAAAACAUUUCAGGAGAAAGCAUCGGCAGAGCAGUUCUGGCGGCUAUUCAAAACUUCUCUGCAGGGACGACAGCGACAGCAAACCCCACAGGGCUACCACAGGCCAGCUUGGCUUCCACCAGCGACAGUUACACACCUGGGCCAGCGACAGUUACACACCCACCACCUCCACUGCAACAUCACACCACUCGGGCCCCAGCACCGGUGCUACCAUACUUUCAGCAACAGGCCUUGCCCCAAUGACCUGUGUCUCGAAUGACUUCCAAGGAAGACAUCAGAUUUCCCAAGAGGAGCUUGAAAAUAUUCUUUCACUAAGAACAACCUUCACAGAAGCAGCAUCUAUUCUUUCAAUCUCAAGGCCAACUUUCUACAAGUUACUGCAAGACUUUAAUAUCCCGACUUCAAAAUUUAAUAACAUCACUGAUCAACAACUGGAUCUUGAAGUGUCACAAAUAAGAACGGAACACCCAAAUGUUGGAGAAGUAAUGCUUAUGGGGCAUCUUCGCUCUAAAAACAUUGUGGUACAAAGACACCGUCUAAGAGAUUCAUUGCGAAGGAUAGACCCAAUUGGUGUCCUGGCCAGGAGAAGACCAGCAAUAGCUCGCCGAGUAUACUCUGUCCCACAUCCAAAUUUCAUAUGGCAUGUGGAUGGAAAUCAUAAGUUGAUUAGGUGGAAAUUGGUUGUUCAUGGUGCCAUAGCCGGCUACAGUAGGAUGUUGAUAUUUCUUCGCUGCUCCAACAAUAAACGUUCUGAAACUGUGAAAGAGCUCUUUCAUGCAGCUGUUGGACAGUUUGGCAGACCACUACACAUCAGGACUGAUCACGGAGUAGAGAACAUUAAGAUUUGGGAGGACAUGCAUGCGAGCAGGGGUGAAGGCUCUGUCUUAACAGGAAGCUCUGUACACAACCAGCAGAUAGAGCGUUUUAACCAAGAUUUGAACAAAAACUGCAGCCAGAUUUAUGCACCCAUUUUUUAUGAACUGGAAUCCCUGGGUAUCCUAGACAUAGACAAUGCAACAGACCUAUUUUGUCUCCAUUAUGUCUUUGUACCCAGAAUCAACCGCACUUUAGAUGAAUUCAGAGCUGGGUAUAACAAUCACUCAGUGUCAUCUGAAGGAAAUAGAACACCAGUACAGCUUUUUACUCUGGAAAGUGAUUUGCAGUAUCUUCAAAACACAGAACUUCCAGCAGCAGGGGUAGUUUUUUGUUCCCCACCUCCAAACUCUCAAAGAGGAUUUUCCCCACUGAAUGACAGGGAUUUGCAAGAACUGAGUGCUGCUAUUAACCCUCUUGAAAAUGACAACACCAGUGGCAAAACAUUGUUUCAGAGAGCCCAACAGUUUAUUUUUGAUAAACUUGUAAAUGUGUGAUCUCAAACUGGACAACCACUAAAUGAUUUUUUUAUGUGUAGCAUGAUAAAGAAUGUAACGCGAGAAUAGUGCUACAAGAAAGUGAAAAAAGAUUGAUACAUUGCAAUACUCUUUUCCUGAAGUGUACCCUGAGUAACAAGUUUUAAAGUAUGAUAAGAAACAUGCACCGUAAUAUGCACAGUAACACUACUUCGUAAAAAAAAGUAUAUUUUAUACAUUACAUAUUGCUGACAGUGAGAUGAAGAAUGAAGAACGCAAUAAAAGUGCUACAAUAAAGUGGAAAAAAAG